UUACACUGACACUCCCUGUCAAUUUUGUUGAUUUUUAUUUAUAUACUUUUAUAUUUAUUAUUAUAUUUUAGAAUACUGGUUUUAUGUAAUAAUGGAGCAAGGGGAUCUCAAAAAACUGUCAGAAGAAUCCACAAUUGCAAAAGUAGGAAAAGAAAAGUUUUCAUCCUUAACUGGAUAUUUCAAUGAGAGCAAUAAAAGGAUUGAUAUAGUUUUAGUCUUUAAGGAUGAUGGUAACGAUGAGACGAAAAGGAUGCGUUUAAAUUUCUUAAUGAAUGCUAUUCAAGUCGGUUUAGAAGCUGAAGUGGAAUCAGGAAAAAUGGCCGAUCAUCGAAAUUUAGUUUUCGUUAAACUUCAUGCUCCCGAAGAGAUAAUUGAACAAUACGGAUUGUAUUUUAACGAAAAACGAUAUUUUAAGGAUAGCCAUUUAGACUUUGUUAAUCCUAUAUUCAACAUUUUUGGAACGAAAAAUGAAAGGGAGCUCCUUAAAAUAGUCAGUUGGACUACCAUGGAGAUAUACCAAUAUCACAGGAUGAGCCUGGUAUUCGUUACGUAAUUUUGGUAGUGGUAUUGGGGGUGGUGCUCGACUUUUUUCUUCGUUUUACAAUUCCAGCAACAAGUGAGUCACUGGGGGAAAAUAUUAGAAAGGAAAAGCGCAUUAAAGAGAAAUAUUUCGUACGCAAAAGAAUUGCUAACUAAUUUAAAUUUGAAAGUGAUAGUUUUUGGUUAACUAAAUCAUUUUAUGCAAAACUGUCUGGUUGUUCUGUCACGUAAUAGAAGUUUCUGGUAUCAAUUAAAGAUUGGAUAUA